AAAAAAAUUGGAUGGCCGAAUUAUUUGAUUAAGCGAAACAAGUACAUUAGGAUCACCUACCCAGGCCAGUGCAGUCCCACAUGAACCCACCAUAACAGGGACUUAAAACAAAUGCAAGUAAUAUCUGUUGCUUGAAUAGUAAAUAGCAGAUUUUUCCAGCCCUAUGAACUGUAAAUUUAGGUGCCUCUUUUUAUCACUGGUAACUAGUACUGUAACUUUCCUUGAACCGUUGAGUGACAGAAAUUCAUUCCAAAAAUCCAGUUGUUUUUCCUCCCCACAAAAACAAACAAAACAUCGUAAACCAAAACAAAAACGGGAAACAUGAGAAAACCUUGAAGAAGUUAUUACAAGACAAUGGAACAAAGAAAGAGAAAGUGAUAGAGAAGUUCUUUUUUUGUUUUUUUUACGAAGCUUUGCUUAGCUGGCUUGGGCGGGAUUACCGGAGGUCAAACUAAAAACCCGAACCAGCGCCGGACCUGGCUCUGUUGUCAGACCAAAAUCACGCAGCCAGUGGUUCAAGCCUGUUAUUAAGACUUCUUUUUAAUUCUUACCCCUUUGUUCUUACCCCUUUUUUUGUCCCUCUGAAAGAUCAACUCUUUUUUCAUAAGUUGAUUUGUCAGAGCUUAAAAAUUAAACCUUUUAAAGUCCGUUCAGAACAAGAAAAAGGAAAGAGACAGAGUGUAAAAGUCCACCACUUGAGUUUUUGACCGGCCUCCUUCAAAACUGAAGGAUUUAGAGAGAAAAAAGCAAGCAAAGAAGAAGAAGAGAAGUUGACACGGAUUGGUUACCAACAGUUUUGAAGAAUUAAAAAAAUAGAGCUUUGGUGCUUCAAGGUAAGAGCUAUUUUGUGUUCUUUUUUUGGGUGUUGAGUCUUACAAAAGAGAAAGAAAGUAACCAUUUUUACUGAAGUGGGUAUCUUUUAUUUUUGUCCAAUUUUCAUUACAUGUAAAGAUACAUGUAUUAAGAAUGGAGAGAGAGAAAAAAAAGAAUGUUUAGAUGAUUGGGGUUGGUGUCCAUAAGCCAUGGUGGAUCAGCGUAGCAUAAGAGUAGCUUUGUUAUAUCUCAUGUUCUUGCUGUUAUUUGAGUCUACAUUUGGGCAACAAGUGCAGCAGCAGCAGCAGCGACUGAGUUCAGGCAUUGAGUUUACAGCUUUAUUUGAACUCAGAUCCUCUUUGGGGCUUAGAAGCAGAGAAUGGCCUAGAAAAGUUGAUCCUUGUACACGUUGGAACGGUAUAACAUGUGAAAAUGGUAGUGUUAUUGGGAUUAACAUUUCUGGGUUUAGAAGAACAAGGGUUGGUAAACAAAACCCACAGUUCGCUGUUGAUUCUCUCGCAAAUUUUUCGCAUUUGGUUUCUUUUAAUGCAUCUAAAUUCUUGCUUCCUGGUUCUAUUCCUAAUUGGUUUGGCCAAAGGCUGUUGACGCUGCAAGUGUUGGAUCUCAGGUCUUGUAAUGUCACAGGUGUUAUACCUUCGAGUAUUGGCAAUUUGACUAAUUUAACUAGUCUAUAUUUGUCAGAUAAUAGGCUCACUGGGCAAAUUCCUUCUACUCUGGGUCAAUUGUUAAGCCUUUUAGUUCUUGAUCUUUCGAAGAAUUUGCUUACUGGAUCUAUACCAUCAUCAUUUGUCUCACUAAGGGAUUUAACGAGUCUUGACAUUUCUUCAAAUAACUUAACGGGGUCAAUUCCUCCCGGCAUUGGGGCCCUUUCAAAGCUACAAAGUCUGAAUCUUUCGGACAAUAGUUUAAUUUCUUCAAUACCUGCACAACUUGGUGACCUUGAUAGCUUGGUUGACCUUGAUCUCAGCAGCAAUGGUUUGUCAGGGUUGGUGCCACAAGAUCUUAGAGGGCUAAGGAAUUUGCAGAGAAUGGUUUUUGGGAACAAUGGUCUAGGUGGGUCUCUGCCAGCCAAUUUGUUCCCUGCUCCAAGUCAGUUGCAGGUUAUAGUUCUGAGAAACAACAGUUUCAUUGGUGACCUUCCUGUAGUAUUAUGGUCAAUACCUGGGUUGAAUCUGCUUGAUAUCUCUCACAAUAAUUUCACAGGGGAGCUGCCUAAUUCUGCUUUGAAUUAUAAUGCCACUGCUGCAGUACUCGAUAUUUCCCAUAACAAGUUUUAUGGAGGUCUCACAACUGUACUUGGAAGGUUUAGUUCUAUUGAUGUGUCAGGAAACUAUUUUGAAGGCAGGGUUCCAGACUAUGUGCAUGACAAUGCAUCUCUUAGUACUAACUGUCUCCAAAAUGUGUCAAACCAGAGGACUUUGACGGAGUGUGUAUCAUUCUAUGCUGAGAGGGGCCUGAGUUUUGAUGAUUUUGGGCGCCCAAAUUCCACAGAACCUUCUGCCCCUGAAACUGGGAAGAGCAACAGAAGGACAAUUAUAUUGGCUACAGUUUUGGGAGGAGCUGGGUUAAUUGUGCUAUUAAUGUUGUUGCUAUUGCUGGUCCUAUGUGUUCGUAGACGGAGCACUGCAAAUCAUAGAGAGAUUGGUGUCGGACCAGUUCCUGCUAGAGAAACACCUCCUUCGCUGGGAGUAGAUAUUAAUUUUUCGAAUCUAGGUGAUUUAUUUACAUAUCAGCAACUUCUUCAAGCCACUGGUGAUUUUGGUGAUGCAAACCUCAUCAAGCAUGGUCAUUCCGGUGAUCUCUUCAGGGGCAUCUUAGAAGGUGGGCUUCCUGUUGUCAUCAAAAGGAUUGAUUUGCAGUCAAUUAAAAAGGAAGCUUAUCUUUUGGAAUUGGAUUUCUUUAGUAAAGUUUCACAUCCACGAGUAGUUCCCCUAUUGGGACACUGCUUAGAGAAAGAGAAUGAAAAAUUCUUAGUUUAUAAAUAUAUGCCGAAUGGGGACCUGUCAAGUUCCUUGUAUAGGAAAAACAAUUUGGAAGAUGAUAGUUUACAGUCAUUAGAUUGGAUAACAAGAUUGAAAAUUGCUAUAGGAGCUGCAGAAGGCCUAUCUUAUCUGCACCAUGAAUGCACACCACCCCUUGUCCACAGAGAUGUUCAAGCUAGCAGUAUACUUCUUGAUGAUAAAUUUGAAGUGCGACUAGGGAGCCUGAGUGAGGUCUGCGCUCAAGAAGGCGAUGGUCAUCAAAAUAGAAUUACAAGAUUACUGCGGUUGCCACAGUCAUCUGAACAAGGUUCUUCAGGUUCAUCUACAGCAUUAUGUGCCUACGAUGUUUACUGCUUUGGCAAGGUUUUACUUGGGUUGGUAACAGGUAAGCUGGACAUCAGUGCAUCCAGUGAUACCCAGAUGAAGGAAUGGUUAGAACAGACACUACCGUAUAUCACUAUAUAUGAUAAGGAACUUGUGACAAAAAUUUUGGAUCCAUCUCUUCUUGUGGAUGAGGAUCUAUUGGAGGAAGUCUGGGCCAUGGCCAUUGUUGCCAGGUCUUGUCUGAAUCCAAAACCUUCUAGGCGACCCCUAAUGAGAUAUAUUCUCAAAGCUUUGGAAAAUCCUUUGAGGGUGGUUAGAGAAGAUACUUCAAGCUCAGCAAGGCUUAGAGCAACCUCCUCAAGAGGAUCUUGGAAUGCUGCUCUUUUUGGUAGCUGGCGUCAAAGCGCUUCGGAUGUAACAGUUAUUCCACCAGCCUCCACCACUAGAGCUGAAGGGGGAAGUAGUUUCAAACAUUCAGGAACAACGGGUUCACAGGGCAGUGCCCCGAAUGGUGGAGGUGACCAUUCAUCCUCACAUAGACGGCAUUCUAAGGAGAUAUUCCCAGAGCCACCCGAAGCCCAAGAUAUAGAAAGACCGGAUCGUGACUAGCAGAGAGGUUAAUUUGUUCUCAAUUCUUUCUUAAUAAGACAGCGGGCUUCCUAUUUGAGUGCCUGCUGGCUGGCACCUGAUGAAACUCUUCUUAUUUUUGGAAGUAAACUGGGUUUCAAGGUGAUAUUUGUAUCGAAUGGGAGGCUUCGAGAUGCACAUUUCUUUAGAUGUUCAUUGACAACUAAGUUUUGUGAAGUCAGAGUCCAAUGGACAACAGUUUUAGUUUGUGUAUGGAUCAGGAUUGAUAAAAGUUGGGCAGAAAAAGGGGUGCCAUUGACCGUUAUGGUUCAUAUUUGUUUGACAGCUUGUUUUCAUUUUAAAACAAGCCACAAUUUGAUCUGUAAUUGAUCUUUUGUUUGUGGUCCUUUUGUGCAAUGUAUAUGGUAAUUUUCCAGGAUUCCUUCAUUCAGAUCAGAUUUUCAGUUGUUCAGAAAGAGACAGAAAAUCAAGAGAGAAAAGAAAUUACGCUAAUUUUUUUCUUGGUAUUUCUGUGGAAAUAUACUAAUUGGGAAAGAGUCGUACUGUUUGGUCAAAAAAAGAAGGCUCAAUUAUUUUCUUGAGUAAAUGAAUUCUGUUUCUCGUAUACGGUGUCUCUUUCAUAGAGU